AUGAAGGAGAAGAGCAUCGACAAGGCACAUGCCAAAGUAACAACUUCUUCCGGAACGGGAGUGUUGAUUUUGGAUGGUGAUGUUGGUGGCUCAUUGUCCCUUGAUGAUGUCAAACCUCUCUAUGACGCUGGUUUUAAAGGAAACUCUUUGGAUAAUAUCGUUCAUGAGAUCAAAGAAAAUGGAAAAUCAAAAGCCGUUGAAAGCAUGAAAGAAGAUUAUGUCACAGUUCCUUCAAGCACUUGCAGGACUGUUGUUAAUUGGGUCAAUGAUACAUUACUGCCCAAAAUUUUCACGUUAUGGAAUAAGGAUCAAACAAAGGAUGCAUUAUGUCAAUCAAAAGUAAAAGGAGGUGCUGGACUAAAAAUGGGACAAGUUCAGCCUUUGCACGAUGAAGAUUUUGAUGGAACAUCUCUCUCAAAUAUGAUUAACUUGAUAGAGAAGGCUCAACAAAACGAUAAAACAGAACAAAGUAACAAACUUAUUUUCGACACUUUUGAAGAAUAUUCGUCACUACUUGAUCAACAAGGAUAUGAUAUAGAUAAAAACAAUAUCGUACUUCCAUUCAUUGCAGCAGCUCCAGGAGUUGGCAAAUUAAGAUUACUGAAAGAGAUUGGAUCGAGUUUAUAUCGUAAACAUUUCAGAGAAUGUGUUACUUGUUAUCCUUUAUUCGUUUCUUUUGGAAAUGAAAAUUUCGAUCCCAUUCUAAGCUCUUGGUUAACAACUUUUGAAUAUCAAUCAAUAGAACUUCCCGACCUAUUGAUAGCUAUUGCUAAUUUGUUGGGGAAGGAUAAUAUUGAUUUCUUUGUUGCUAUUGAUGAUGCUCAUUUAGUGGAUACUAAUCAAAUUCAAAAAGAACACAAUCUCUUGCGUACUCUAAUGUCAUAUUUGGGUCAUUUAAUGCAACAACCACAAGGCAAUUGUUUGAGAUUAUUUCCUUUAUUUGCCGGUACAUAUCACCAUAUAUUACUUUCAAACUUGCUCGGCAGUACCUAUACUCCACUUUUUGUUCCAGUUACCGCAUUACUAUCUUCCUUAAACGUUGUUAAGAUUAUUGACGAUUUAUCAGUCACUUAUGCUAAACUGAAGAAUUGGAGAACCGACGUUGAGUUUAGGCAUUACUUGAGACUCUUUUCUGGAUUUCCAAGAGGUUUAGAAUAUUAUCUUGAACAAUAUUGUAAAUCUCAAACUACAGCACGGACUGCAUUUGAAACUUCUUUAUCCAAAUUAGAACAAAAUACUCAUUACAACUGA